GCAACCGCUUCUUCUUCUUCCUCUUCCCUCGUGAUUUCAUAAUGAGACCUUAAGGCCUGACUCUCUCUCUCUCUCUCUUCUUCGACGCUUAGACGCCUCUGAUUAUCAACUUCUCCUGAUUGCUCCUAAUUUUCUUCUUCCCUGUACGAUUUUUCUUCUUCCCUCUUAAGGACAAUGCUUCGGCUUAGGGUUUACGCGGGGCUUAGUACUCUCGCGACAUUAGCUGUGAUUUACCAUGCUUUUAGCAGCCGUGGUCAAUUUUACCCAGCGACUGUGUAUCUAUCGACGUCGAAAAUCAGUCUGGUGCUUCUUCUCAACAUGGGUUUGGUCCUAAUGUUCAGCUUAUGGAAUCUUGUGAAACUUGUGUUUCUGGGUUCACUUAGAGAAGCAGAGGUUGAGCGGUUGAAUGAACAAGCGUGGAGAGAGCUCAUGGAGAUUCUCUUUGCCGUCACUAUUUUUCGACAGGACUUCUCUGUUGGGUUUCUCUCUUUGGUUGUGACUCUUUUGUUGAUCAAGGGUUUGCAUUGGAUGGCUCAGAAGAGACUGGAGUAUAUUGAGACCACUCCUUCUGUGACAUUGCUCUCUCAUGUCCGUAUUGUUUCUUUCAUGGUGUUCCUUCUCGUCUUGGAUUGUCUCCUUACGUAUAGUUCUUUACGGCAAUUGAUUCAAUCACGGAAGGGUUCAAUGUCUGUGUUCUUCACGUUUGAGUAUAUGAUUCUGGCAACAACAACUGUCUCUUUAAUAGUGAAGUAUGCCUUCUAUGUCACUGAUAUGAUCAAGGAAGGUCAAUGGGAAGGAAAACCAGUAUAUACUUUCUAUCUGGAGCUUGUCCGUGACUUGCUUCACCUGUCCAUGUAUCUUUGCUUCUUCCUUAUGAUAUUCAUGAACUAUGGACUUCCCCUUCAUCUAAUACGGGAGCUCUACGAAACGUUCCGGAACUUCAAGAUUCGAGUGACUGAUUACCUCCGGUAUCGUAGAAUCACUUCCAAUAUGAAUGAUCGGUUUCCUGAUGCAACUCCUGAAGAACUUAGUGCAAUUGACGCGACAUGUAUCAUAUGCCGUGAAGAAAUGACCUCAGCGAAGAAACUAAUAUGUGGCCAUCUCUUUCAUGUGCAUUGUCUUCGGUCAUGGUUGGAACGACAGAACACAUGCCCCACUUGCAGAGCGCUGGUUGUACCAGCUGAGAAUGCUACAUCGACAGCUUCUGGAAACCGUGGACCACACCAAGAACCUCUGCGUCAGGGAACGGGUACUUCUAGUUCAGAUGGCCAGGGUUCUUCUGAAGCUGCUGCUGCUAGUGAGAAUAUGAGCAGGCACGAGGCUCGCUUUCGAGCUGCUGCUUCUGCAGCGUCCAUAUAUGGGAGAUCAUUUGUUUAUCCACCUUCUGCAAACACUUUAGUAUGGUCUCAAGGUAAUUCAUUGCUUCCUCAGACAGAGCUAGAAGCUCAGAAGAGAUUUCUUGAGUCCCAAAUUGAGAUGUUACACAACCAACUUCGGCUUCUGGAAAAGCCGGCAACUGUAGAUACGAAAGGGAAGUCGGUUGCUGAAACUGCAGAGUGAACCAUCAAAGCAAAUGUGGUGGUCAGUUCGUUACAUAAACAAAAGGAUACAAUGCGUGACCAGUAAUUUAGGAUUUUAGGGUAAAGAGAGGAACAAAAGUAAAACCCUUUAGACUGUGUGAAUUGUUUUUGGUAGAGAGGAUUUUGAAAUGUAGCAAAGAGAGGAACAACAAAUGUCUCUACACUAGCUUUUCGUUAAGUAUUUUCUUGAUAUAUCUCUAAGCUGGCGUGGCGUGUAUUCGAGCCAGAAAAAAAUGAGUAUCCAGAAAAAACGAGUAUUUACAAUAUAAGUAGCGUUAUUGGUUUAUAUAUUUGAAAAGCUAAACUAAAAUAGUGAUCAAAUCCAUCCUUCUUGUGUUUUUGAU